AGCGGCCGUGCCCAGAUUAAGCGCGCGGCGCGCGGGGCGGCGGCACUCGGGCGGCCCAGCCGCUCCCGGCUCCGGCUCCGGCUCCCCGCUCCCCGCUCCCCGCUCCGGCUCCGGCUCCCGCUCCCGGCUCCCCGCUCCGCGCUCCCCGCUCCCCCACCGGCCUCGCAGCCGCGCGUGGAUCUGGACCCGGCGGAGCGGGACGCGCGGGCUGCGACCUGCGACCCUGCGGUUCCGGAGCGGCGGGUGUCCCCAGAGCGAUGUGCCAGCUGUGGCUGUGCCACCAGGAUCGCCUAAGGAGCCUCUAAAAAUCCUGACACCCAAUUCAUCCCAAGCCAAUCACAUCAGACUUUCCAGUGAUAGGACUCAGCCAGGUCAUUUUGACAGAAGAUCAGACUUGGCUUCAUUCCCUUUGGGAGGCUGCAGUCCACUGAGGGACACUUCUGAUGCUGCAACAGAGCAGGAAAGACCCCUGUGAUAUAAAUACGGGCAUAGAACCUCACUUAUAAGUGAGAGUCUUCUGGAAGAGAAGAGAAACCUGACAAUCUUUUUUAAGUCCCAAGACUUGACUGUGAGGUAAUCCAUGCACAUGGCAUCAGUAAGGUGUUCAUUCAGGUGGAUCAAGCCCUUGGCCAGAGAUCCCUGGUCACUUAUAUUUAUCCUCUUUUCUGUACAACAUGCAUAUGGGAGUGGAAAGAAGUUUGUCGGCCCCUGUGGAGGAAGAGAUUGCUCGGUGUGCCAUUGCUUUCCUGAAAAAGGGUCUCGGGGUCAACCAGGACCGCCGGGGCCACAGGGUCCCAUUGGACCCCUGGGACUGCCAGGACCCACAGGAAUUCCAGGAGAGAAAGGGAUGAGAGGUGACAGUGGCCCUCCUGGAGCAGCAGGUGACAAAGGUGACAAGGGUCCAACUGGUGUUCCUGGAUUUCCAGGGUUGGAUGGCAUACCUGGCCACCCAGGGCCUCCUGGAUCCAGAGGCAAGCCUGGCAUGCAUGGCUACAAUGGUUCACGAGGUGAUCCAGGGUUUCCAGGAGAAAGAGGAGUUCCUGGCCCAGGAGGCCCCCCAGGCCUUCCUGGUGAAAGGGGAGAAAAAGGAAAUUCAGUGUUCAUUUUAGGUGCCAUUAAAGGUAUUCAGGGUGACAGGGGGGACCCAGGACCUCCUGGCUUGCCGGGACCGAAGGGGGCACGAGGACCGGCAGGCCCAAGGGGACAGCCAGGAGAGCCUGGGUUAACAGGUGCUCCGGGCCAUCCUGGGAGACCAGGCUUGAAGGGUAAUCCUGGUGUGGGAGUAAAGGGGCAAAUGGGAGACCCGGGUGAGGUUGGCCAGCAGGGUUCUCCUGGACCCACCUUACUGGUACAGCCACCUGAUUCCUGUCUGUAUAAAGGAGAAAAGGGUAUAAAAGGAAUGCCUGGUAUGAUUGGACCUCCAGGACCACCGGGACCCAAGGGAGAACCUGGAAUUGGACCAAAAGGAGAGAAGGGUAUUCCUGGGUUCUCAGGACCUCGGGGUGAUCCGGGUUCCUAUGGCUCUCCAGGUUUCCCAGGAUUAAAGGGGGAACCAGGUCUGUUUGGAGAUCCUGGAUCAUUUGGAUUUGCUGGCCCAAAGGGGGAUCCUGGAGACCGUGGGUACCCAGGACCACCGGGUGUUCUGGUAACUCCAUCUGUUCCACUCAAAGGCCCUCCAGGGGAUCCCGGGCGCCCUGGCCGCUAUGGAGAAAUGGGGUCCGUUGGACCACCUGGUUCCCCUGGUCCCCCAGGUCCACCAGGGGAAGCCUGUGCAGGCAUGAUGGGACCCCCUGGACCAAGAGGGUUUCCUGGUCAUCCGGGAUUUCCAGGGGCAGCUGGUAUCCCAGGGAGAGCGGAUUUCAGUCCAGGAAAACCAGGGAAACCAGGACCUCCUGGAUUGCCUGGAGCACCAGGGCUGCAAGGACCCCCAGGAUCAGAUGUUAUAUAUUGUAGUGUUGGGCAUCCUGGACCACAAGGGAUAAAAGGCAAAAUGGGUCCUCCAGGAAGAAGAGGCUCGAAAGGAGAAAAAGGAAAUGCGGGGCUCUGUGCCUGUGAGCCUGGUCCCAUGGGCCCACCAGGCCCUCCAGGACUUCCUGGAAGGCAGGGUAGUAAGGGAGACUUGGGGCUCCCUGGGUGGAUUGGAGAGAAAGGUCACCCAGGCCCUCCUGGUGCUGAAGGAUCUCCAGGAUCACCAGGAAAGCAUGGUGCCUCAGGACCACCUGGCAGCAAAGGAGAAAAGGGCGACAGGGUUGUAUCAAGAGUGAAAGGGAAAAAAGGAGAAAGAGGUCCUGAUGGGCUCCCAGGAUUUCCAGGACAACAGGGACAAAAUGGUCGGGAUGGACUUCCUGGAAAAAAGGGGGAUCCAGGCCCCCCGGGGGGUCAUGAGGAUGCAGCCCCAGGUGCUAAAGGGUCUCCUGGACCACCGGGGCCCCCGGGCAGAACAGGACCCAGGGGACAACCAGGUCUGGGAUUUCCCGGUCCACCAGGAGAGAGAGGACAACCAGGAGCUCCAGGCCGCCCUGGCGAGAGGGGCUUCGAGGGCUUGAAGGGCCUGAAAGGUGAUACAAUUUCUUGUAACGUCACCUACCCUGGGAGGCCGGGGCCCCCAGGUUUUGAUGGACCUCCAGGACCAAAGGGCUUUCCGGGUCCUCGAGGCGCUCCAGGGUUGAGGUGCUUGGAUGGGCCAAAAGGUCAGCGUGGCAAACCAGGAAUGUCAGAGAUACCCGGUCCACCCGGUUUUCGUGGUGACAUGGGAGAUCCGGGUUUUGAAGGUGAAAAGGGGUCCUCCCUUCUUGGGCCGCCAGGCUUUCCUGGUUCUCGUGGAGCAAAUGGUCAGAAAGGAAUGACGGGAGACAUUGCCUAUGGCCCCCCAGGCCCCCCAGGAAAGAGAGGUCCUUCCGGAGUGCCAGGGUCCAAAGGACACAGAGGUGAUUCAGGACGUCCAGGGUUUGCAGGGCCAGCCGGCAAGCCCGGAUCCCCAGGUCUCAAAGGUCCCAGAGGCAGAGAGGGAAGCUCUGGGUUUCAAGGUAUCCCGGGUCCACCUGGCCAUUCCUGCAAAAGAGGCGCCCCAGGGAUACCAGGGCAACCGGGGCUCCCCGGGGCCCCAGGCAGUCCAGGUGCCCCAGGUUGGAAAGGACACAGAGGGGAUGUGGGGCCUCCGGGUCCAGCUGGAAUGAAAGGUCUCCCUGGAAUCCCUGGACGGCCAGGGGCAGAGGGACCCCUAGGAUUCCCAGGAGUCCCAGGCCCCUUAGGGGAUGAUGGACUGCCUGGUCUUCCAGGCCCGAAGGGACCCCAGGGGCUGCCUGGCUUCCCCGGUUUUCCAGGGGAGAGAGGAAAGCCUGGCCCAGAGGGACGCCCUGGCAGCAAGGGGGAACCGGGAGAGGAUGGUCGGCCUGGCUUCUUCGGAGACCAAGGUGUGAAAGGUGCCAAAGGAGCGAGAGGACCCCCAGGAGAUGAAGGAGAGAUGGCUGUCUUUUCCCAAAAGGGGAAAACCGGGGAACCCGGACCUCCAGGAGAUGAUGGAUUCCCAGGAGAAGAAGGUGAUAAAGGCAAUCCAGGGAUGCCGGGGAGGAGAGGAGAGCCUGGAAGAUCCGGAGCACCUGGAUUUCACAGAGGGGAGCCCGGGAGAACCGGGCAACCAGGGCUUCCUGGCCCCCCAGGCCCCCCAGGCUCACCUGGGCUGAGAGGGAUUAUUGGUUUUCCGGGAUUUCCAGGUGACCAGGGUGAGCCAGGUUCUCCAGGGUCCCCUGGACUUUCAGGAAUUGAUGGAAUGAGAGGACCUAAAGGAAGCAAAGGUGACCCUGCAAGUCAGUUCGGCCCACCAGGUCCAAAGGGUGAACCGGGUAGCCCUGGAUGUCCAGGACAUCUUGGAGCACCUGGAGAGCAGGGCUUGCCCGGUGUUCAAGGGCUCAGAGGACCACCUGGAAGGCCAGGAUUACCUGGCUUCUCCGGACCACCAGGGUGUCCAGGUAAUCAAGGGGUGCCUGGGCUGACAGGGCCUCCAGGAGAAACAGGGGAUCCUGGGCCAAGAGGCAUGAUGGGAGAUCCAGGGCCACCAGGUCUUCCAGGAAUAAAAGGUCCCUCCGGGUCACCGGGUCUGAACGGCUUGCAUGGUUUAAAGGGUCAGAAAGGAGCCAAAGGUGCUUCAGGUUUGCACGAAGUGGGCCCACCCGGUCCAGUGGGCGUACCUGGGCUGAAAGGGGAGCCGGGAGACCCUGGGAGCCCGGGAAUUUCUCCCCCAGGCCUUUCUGGAGAAAGAGGCCCCCCCGGCCCCCCAGGGAGACCUGGAGCCCCUGGUCCUGCAGGUGCCACAGGAAAAGCUGCUGAAGGUCACGUUCCUGACCCAGGUCCACCCGGAGAUGUGGGUCCUCCUGGCCCCGAUGGUCCGAGAGGAGCACCCGGGCCCCCAGGCCCCCCCGGGAGCGUUGACCUUCUGAGAGGGGAACCAGGAGACUGUGGGCCGCCGGGGCCUCCAGGUCCCCCGGGCCCACCCGGCCCUCCAGGACACCAAGGCUUCCCAGGAUGUGAUGGAAAAGAUGGCCAGAAAGGACCAAUAGGAUUCCCGGGGCUGCAGGGGCCUCAGGGACUUCCUGGGCUCCCUGGGGAGAAGGGUCUGCUGGGCAUUCCAGGCCAGCGAGGGCACCCCGGUCCUCCAGGUUCCAGAGGUGAACCAGGGCCACCUGCAGAUGUGGAUUCGUGCCCCCGCAUCCCCGGGCUUCCUGGGGUACCAGGCCCAAGAGGACCAGAAGGAGCCAUGGGGGUCCCUGGAAGGAGAGGGCCCCCAGGACCAGGGUGCAAAGGAGAGCCGGGACUGGAGGGCAGGAGGGGCGAGGCCGGCCUCCCAGGGCCUCCCGGGCCUCCCGGAAGCACAGGGGACGCAGGAGAAGCCGGUUGCCCCGGAGCACCAGGGCCCCCCGGACCCAUUGGGGACCCUGGGCCCAGAGGGUUUGGGCCUGGAUACCUCAGUGGCUUCCUCCUGGUUCUCCACAGUCAGACGGAUGGGGAGCCCGCCUGCCCCGCGGGCAUGCCCAGGCUCUGGACGGGCUACAGUCUGUUAUACCUGGAAGGACAGGAGAAGGCCCACAAUCAGGACCUUGGUCUGGCAGGGUCUUGCCUUCCCAUGUUCAGCACCCUGCCCUUUGCCUACUGCAACAUCCACCAAGUGUGCCACUACGCCCGGAGGAACGACCGGUCCUACUGGCUGGCCAGUGCCGCGCCCCUGCCCAUGAUGCCGCUCUCAGAGGAGGAGAUCCGCCCCUACAUCAGCCGCUGUGCCGUGUGCGAGGCCCCAGCCCCCGUGGUGGCGCUGCACAGCCAGGACCGGUCCAUCCCGCCGUGUCCACGGAGCUGGAGGAGCCUCUGGAUCGGGUACUCGUUCCUGAUGCACACAGGGGCUGGAGACCAAGGAGGAGGGCAGGCCCUCAUGUCCCCCGGCAGCUGUCUGGAAGAUUUCCGAGCCGCACCGUUCCUCGAAUGCCAAGGCCGACAGGGAACUUGCCACUUUUUUGCAAAUGAGUAUAGCUUCUGGCUGACGACGGUGAGGCCUGACUUGCAGUUUUCCUCGGCACCAUCACCAGACACCUUGAAAGAAAGCCAGGCCCAGCGCCAGAGAAUCAGCAGGUGCCAGGUCUGCAUGAAGUACGGCUAGGGAACCCACAACUCACCAACAUGUCUCCAGGAGAAACUUCCUCGGGGGCCCCAGGAGCCCCAGAUGUGCUAAGAGAUUAAUGGUGCUCAUUUCAGACUCCAGUUUCAGCGGUCCCUUAUGUUUCCAUGCGGCUAUUCCCGCCAUCCCAUCAUUCCUCCCUCUGUUCGGGACAGAUUAAGGAAAUGCUCCCCUAUGGAUUUGUUUGGACCUACCAACCUAGAUGAAGCCCAGAUAUUCUUAUGUUUUGGAGGAUGAUGGAAGAGCUGGUUUUAUUUAAAAUUAUGCUAAUUUCACAGGAAGGCAAAGAGACGAUAAAGGCCAGAUUACAAAUUACAUUACUGAAAACUUCCCUCAUUGGUUAACAGCACGUCAAGCAAUUGAAGUCAAUUACUCUGUGAUACGGUGGGCUUCUGGAUGGGUUUUGCAGGAAAAAAUAAAUAGGCCAACAAAUGAAACUAGAGAGUAGAGAUUUCCAACAUCUCAGAGUGAUUCCCUCUGUAAUCUGUUUCCCCGUGCACUUUAAAUAAUUGUAAAGCUGUGACCCAAGGAGAGGUAGAAGAAAACCCACACCGCCAGCCUUAACGGUUCAUUUCAAAGCAGAAUGAAUCAUUAUGCCAGGAAGGACCACAGUUGCUGAAUUCGGGAGAUGUUACAUUAGCAUAGACACAUCACAGAUGAACAUAAAACAUGUUGUCUUCUGCAGUUUUUUCAGAGAAUGGAAGGGCCUACUUUGGCAACCCUUUUGAAAACUAGCGUUUAUGGGGGAAAAAUAUAUUCAAUAAGGGAUUAAGAGCCUAAGAGCUGUUAAUGAAUAUUGAGGCAGUGAUUCACAAAAAAAAAAAUUGACUCCCCGUGGCAGUGAACUUCCAAGCAGACAGCACUUCCCCAGUCGGGGUCCAGCCAGCCUUCGGUGUGCGCGCACUAAUGGGACUGAAGCCACAUGGGGCUUCCUCAGGCGCGUGCAGCUCACACAAAGCCUCCUGCCCCUUCCCCAGGAGCACCUGCAGAGCUGCCUCGAAGCCCACCCGGGGACGCUUUUCCCCCAAAACAUAAUGGCAUUUUAUACAGGGAAGUGACAGCGUUAUCAUUACGCACUUGGGAGAAAAUUAAGGGCCGGCUUAAUUAAACCUGGGUAAGAGGAGUCAUUUAAGUCAUGGUCACCCCACCAGGAGGAUAUGGUGCUAUUUGAAAAGAAACAAAAACAACCUACAGACUGAAUUGUACGUUCCUAUUCCUGGUUUUUACAGAAGUAUCUUGUUUUGCCAAUUUGAAAACCAUUCUUCUUCUUCUUCUUCUUCUUCUUCUUCUUCUUCUUCUUCUUCUUCUUCUUUUCUUCUUCUUCUUCUUCUUUUUUGUCAGUAUUCUACUAAGGCGGCAGUUUGAUGCUUGGCAUUAAUAUAUUCUAUAAAAGUUUAGAAGAUAUGUCAAUUUAUGAUGAGUGGUUUUCUGAAUAGCAAAGGGAUACAUUUCCUAUUCUGGUAGGGAUUCAGGGGCCUAAUCCUAAAAAUCAGAAAGCUUGUGGGAAAUAAAUGAUGGGAAACCUGCCUUCCUCCUUCAAAAACAUGUCAUUUUGGAAGAAAAAAAAAAAAACGAGGAAAUGUCUCGUGAGCACGUGACACUCAUUUUCGUGCUUAGUCUCAACCCACUUAAAAAUAAUUGAGAGAAGAAAAACUCAAUUAAAAUUUUGUUUACAAGAGUUGUUUUCUUUGCCAAACAUUGAUUAGCAAUGAGCUCUUAUAUGUAGAACGUAUUUCAAAUGAGUCUUGCUAUGGGCUACUCCCAGGAUGGCAAUUUAUUUUAAUACUUUCCAGUAAAAAGGAGGAAAAAAAAAUGUACGCUUUAAGAUGAAAGCAGAGUAUUUCCUAGUUCGUUUGACCCAUAUACUGAUUAUUUUUAAUCAUACUAUGGCAUAUUAAAUAUUUUUGAACACCUGAAAUUUAAGCCAAUUUCAACCUCGUUUAUAAUUACAUUUUCCUGCUUCCUCAGGCUUAUUAUAUGUUGUCACCAAACAUCAAACCUUCUAAAAUUUCAUCUUGUUCAUUUGUGAAUUUGGUCUGAGAGCAUUUCCUGAGAAGAGAUAGGGUGAUAAAUAGAACGUUAGAGACAUACCUUGCUUGCGGAAGUAUUUUUUUUUAAGAUUUUUAUUUAUUUAUUCAUGAGAGACGCAGAGAGAGAGGCGGAGACACAGGCGGAGGGAGAAGCAGGCUCCAUGCAGGGAGCCCGACGUGGGACUCGAUCCCAGGACCCCAAGAUCAUGCCCUGAGCCAAAGGCAAGACGCUCACCCUCUGAGCCACCCAGGUGCCCCUGAAGUAUUUUAAAGACAUCAGAAUAUUAUCCUAAUAAGCUUGCCAAAUACAUCUUAAGACACAGGUUGAAUCAAGUGGGCGAUUACUCCACGGUGAGCCUGGGAUUGUGUUUGAGGCUGGUUGUUCAAAAUACUGACAUUGCAAGAGCCCCUCUCUGAAUGCUACACAGUUGUUGCCUUCGGAUUUUGAAAAAUUAUUUUAACUGGUCUAAAGAGCAACACGGUGGAAGAAAUCACUCCUUGGGUUAGAAGACUCUGCUCGCCUCACCCGUUUAUGCAUCAGUGUACUUUGAAAUAUCCUUUCUGUGUGAAGGAUGAGCAAAGCUUUAGGGUGGUUCUAAUCCAGGGCUGGUCAUGAGCCUUCUCCAACUUUCCUUCCCAGGAGCCCCCUCCCCCACCUCCUGGCUGGAAUGCACCUGGAUUGUGCAGGGGGUCACAGGGCGGCAGGGGGCCGUCUGUUUCCUCCUGGUCUCUUAUUCUCCAUGAGUGGAGCCCAUCCAUGCAACCUGUCCAGGUACCCAGCCUCUGUGCUGCGAGUGGUGGGUGGCUCAUUCUUUCUCAUCUUCCCCAGACCUAAAAACUCAGAGACUCCUUCCUGGGGAUUGCUGCGUACCCCCCGCCCCCGGCCUCAUGGCACCUUUGUCCUUGCCCCAUACUCUUGAUGGGCAAACAGCUCCCACUGGAUGCCUCCACUGUCUAACGCCAGUCCUUUCUCCACGAGGCAAACUUGAUUUUGUUUUUAGAAAUGGGUUAAAUAUCAUUCAAUGACUCCUGAAAUCCAAGUGACUUCCCGUGGGGUGACAGGCUGCCAGGCUGCCGGCAGCUCACCUGUACCCUCAUCCCAGAGGCGUGUCCCAGCUCUGUGACUUGCUCCUCUGCUCUUUCUCCCAGUGAUAAGUAAGUUUCUCCCCGCUCAACUAAGUUUACCUGGGACACUCUGCUCCUUUUGUUAAAAAAUAUUUUUGUUUGAAAGAUGUUAUUUAUGUGUGAGAGAGGGAGACAGCACAAGCAGAGGGAGCAGCAGAGGGAAAGGGGGAGAAGCAGGCUCCCCACUGAGCAGGGAGCCUGACGUGGGGCUCAAUCCCAGGACCCUGAGACCAUGACCUGAGCCAAAGGCAGUCUCUUAACAGACUGGGCCACCCAGGUGCCCCCACCUGCUUGUUUAAAGACUGAAUGAACUUCUGGGGGAGGGUGUACGAAUUUCCCCAUGGAGACUUGGAGUCCCUUUCAGUGCUCCCAGUUCAACAACUGGGCCUGGCCGCUCUCAGGCUCCCUCCUCGCUCCUGUGAGGUCUCAUCACGCCUCCUCCGUGCUCUUGCUAAAAUGCAAGCCCCUCGAGGGCAGGGCCAUGCUUUGCUCAGCUUUGUACACCCCGUGCCUACGGGGAGCUGAGUGCAAUAUUGAUAGUUGCAAUAUUGAUAGGUUCAAUGACAGUUCAGUGAGUAUCGUUAGGCGUUAGGUCUGUGCACAUAGGGUUCUCGUGGACAAAAUGGUAAGAGAAACCAUUUCUUAUUUCUUUUUUAUUUUUUUAUUUUUUUUUAUUUUUGAUAGUCACACACAGAGAGAGAGAAAGAGAGGCAGAGACAGAGGGAGAAGCAGGCUCCAUGCACCGGGAGCCCGACGUGGGACUCGAUCCCGGGUCUCCAGGAUCGCGCCCCGGGCCAAAGGCAGGCGCUAAACCGCUGCGCCACCCAGGGAUCCCCCAUUUCUUAUUUCAAACCAUUUCUUAUUUCAAAACAUUUGAAUGUGCCAAUGUACCUGCACACCCCGAAUCUCCUCUUAACAGUUCUUGACAGAAAGCCAAUGGAUGGUCUUUAACCAUUAUCGCUCCCUGAAAUAUAGCUUACUUUUCUAAAACUGAAAUUUCAGAAACGAUGGGAUCCAUGAGAUUUGGCUGAGAGAAGGCUCCUCACUGAAAUGUGACCAGACUCAACUCCUGCUGUAGCCUGUCCUCCCUCCUCAUGUAAGAGCUUCCUAGUCAAGAUCACGCCGAUGAAGUUUGUGUUUGUGUGUUUGGUGCUUAGGAAAAUAGUCCAUGGGACGGUCCACGAAAACUGGAUUUUUAUCAUAUUUUGAGCCUCUUACAGAUUAUAACAAAGCAAACCGUUCUGUGUGUUCCAGGGAGUUGCAUUAGAGGUGUUUCUAUCAACCCACCAAGAAUUUGGUAAUUCUUUACUUUCAUUCGGUAUGACCGCAAGAAUAGUGGGAAAAUAUGGGUUUUGGAGUUGGUUGGAAUCUGGCUCUGUCACUUUCCAGCGGGGUCACCCGGGGUGAGUUACACCUACUGUCUGAACCUCAUUUUCCUCAUUUAUAAAAUGGGACAUAACACCUACUCUUACAUUGAAAAUUGAGUUAGAUUAUAUGUCUAGCAUACAGCAGUCAUUAUGCAUUUAUUCUGGUCACAUCUUUUUACAACAAUUUAAUAUGAAAAAAACAUUUCUUGUUUUUUUGUUUUGUUUUGUUUUGUUUUUGGUCCAUAGUAGAAUUGUAUCAUGAUUCUUACGGGGCAUGGAAAUUACUGAUUAGAAUUAUUUAUAUCUGGCCAAUUCAUAGUGUCUUUGGGAAUGUUAUUUUAUUUCAAUUCUCAAAGUUACUAUAACCUGUCCCCCCCUCCCCCAAAAACACACACACAAAUCACAAUUUCCUACAGGGACAUUAUCAGGAAGUUCUGCAGGGAACAAAACAAUCGACAUUAAAAAUCAGUCCUCUGCAAUUGUCACUGUUAUUAUCUGCCAGAGACUCUGCAUAAUGCAUUUUAAACCACCAAGACUGGCUGCCACAUCCAUGUGAAAUGCUUGAAUUUAUGGUGCUUAAAUAUUUAACGAUUCAUAGGAGAAAAUGUGAGAUGUGUCCAAUAAAUUGCAUCCCUUUCUCUAACCUGUGGUUGUAAAGUAUAAAGACUUUCAAAUGUAACAUUUGCAGGAUACCUGGUCGGUUAUUGACACCUAAAUCUUUGUUGUAUUACAAGUUAUAAUAUUGUUCAUUAUAUAUAAAAUUCUGUGAUGACCUC